AUGGUGUCAGACACCGACAUUUGGAAGAGAGCAAAUCCUAUGACGGCAAGUUCGUUUCCAGAUUUGCACCCGGAAGAGACACCUCUGGUUUCAGAAGAAACAGUUCGGGUCUUGUUCUACGAGCAAGAGAAUUUGGACGCCGUGAUUGCCUACCUUCGCACACAGGUUGGCGGAGUGGUGCGCAAUCGAUUCUGGAUUCUUUGCCAACUGUGUGAUGCCAUCUCACCCCCGCGUUCCUCGACAUGGAAACUGGUGACGAAUGUGGUCAUGGAUGGUGCAGGCGGUGCCAUCAAUGCCACAAGUGCAUGCUAUCCAGACGCUACUUUGCACCGGGACUUAGAACACAUAAAGAAAGACGUCAAGCGCACCGGGAGCAAGAAGAAAGUUGACUCAGAGUUGACAUUGGAGAUAACGGAAAUCAUCCAGUUCAGCGCGAAAAUCGCACAUCCACUACAGUUCCAUGUCAUCUGGGAAGACACGUUGCGAAGGCUGCGUGACCCCGAAGACUGGAAUCAGGAGAAAUUCGCGGAUUACUUGGAGAAGUGGGUCUUGCAGAAGAAAGGCUUGUGGUGGAGCGCAGAUUGGCAGAGUGGUCUCGGUCAAGUGUGCCCGGGUUACGGUACUUAUGUGUCGAAUUCCCAAGAGCGGGCUUGGCGUUCGAUCAAAGGUCUUUUCAAGAAAGGCUUCCGACACCAGGAUGUCAGCCAAUUGGUGCGUGAAACAACAGUGACCCUGCAGACUCUGGUGCGCGGAGGACAGUAUGCCAAAGCAUGCUUUCAAAUCGAGGAGCCUCCUGAGUCACUUGCGUACAGUGCGAAAAGGUUAAAGUCCGAGCAAGAUGAUGAAGGAAUCCAAUCCCACCGGCUCACAUUGGACUUGAUGCAGCAGUGGCGAGAUAAGGAAGGUGACGCAAACACCUUUCUCAAGUACGAGACUGCGGGCCGCAUCAGGGUGGACUGUCGGACGGUGGACAUUACUUCAGUCAUCGUUAUGCCAAAGUACAAACUGGAGUAUGCCAAGAACAAGAAAACGGACAUGGUGCAGCGGUUGGACUUGGCACUUUGUUCUUGGUAUGAAGAUGGUGAAGCUGCUUUUCGCACUGCUUUGGGAAACCCAAGGCAGUGGUCCUUUUCCAUGCAUAAAAAAUUGUUCUACAAGUACACUGUGAUGUAUGUGCUUAGCACGGGCCGUGUCGUGGAUGAACAUCCACAUUUUGUGCACAGUAGCUGCAGCGAGCAGGCUUUCUUUUACAAAUCCGUGUUAGGCGGCUUGAAUCUCCACCCCAUUGCAAGGGGCCCCAAGACUCUCAAAGCCAGGCGUCCACGGCGGGACAGGCGAACCGAGGAGUUUCGCAAAAAAAUGCGUACUCCUUCGCCUUGA